CUCAAAAUCGCCUAGGAGGCGACGUCAACAAAACCUUCUACAACUUCCAUUAGGCCGCCAGCUUGUCAUGAAGAUUGGACAAUAUUCUCCAGUUUGAUUAAAGGAAAACAAACAAGACAUGCUUGCGCCAAAGAAGUCAAAGGAAUCAAAAUUGGCUAGAAGCUACCCUGCAUCAGCUAGGGAAGAUCUAUGGUCAUAUGGAAAUAAAAGAACUAAAUUAGCAGAGAUCGGCUCAGAGGUAAACAAACAAAAAUUGACAGAAGAAGAAAAACAAAAGGGACGAGAAUUCUAGUGAAAACUGAGGAAGGGCAAAACUACCUAGAGCUGGCGUGUGAUCCGUUUAUUUUUGGUACAAGCAUAUCCAAAAAUAGUUCGCCAAUGUCCGAUAAUAG